UUUGGCCGCAUGGACUGGUUUUUUAUCCAGCCAAGCUAAAACAAUCUCUACAUGUAGCUGUUUCUACCUACAGUUUUACAGCGACUGGUAAAUUUAACUGAGUUAAACUAAUAACAGCAUUUGGAGAGGAUAAACUCACUAAUCCUGAGAUAAGAACAUGAUGCCUGCAGGAGACUCCAGCAGUCAUCAAAUGACUAUUGGCAUUCUUAUUUUUGCGAUGAGACAAGAACCAGUGCAGACAGGCCUUAUUCACUUCUUAGAGCCCGGACAAAGUUUUACUCAAGUAAAUGCACCCUCAGCAAACCAGCUCAAUCAUGAACCAGACAAACCACAUCAGUGCACACAGUGUGGAAAGAGGUUCCUUUACAGAUGUAGACUCCAGCGACAUCAGCGCAUUCACUCAGGAGAGAAGCCGUAUCAGUGCACACAAUGUGGAAAGAGUUUUACUCAUCAGAGUUCCCUCCAGAAACAUAGAAACGUUCACGCAGAAAAGAAGCCGUAUCUCUGCUCAAUAUGUGGCAAGAUUUUCAUUUACAAACGUCGUCUCCUGCAACAUCAGCGUGUUCACGAAAGAGAGAAGCCGUGUCACUGUUCACGAUGUGGAAAACGUUUUACUCGAGAGAGUUCUAUCCAACACCACCGGUGCAUUCAGACAGAAAAGAAGCCAUAUCAGUGCUCACAAUGUGGAAGGAGUUUCCUUUAUGGAUGUCUUCUUAAGCGACAUCAGCUUAUUCACACCAGAGAGAAGCCGUAUCAGUGCUCACAGUGUGGAAAGAGUUUUGCUCAGCGGAGUUCCCUCCUACAACAUCAGUGCAUUAAAAAAGAGAAGAAGUUGUAUCAAUGCUCACAAUGUGGAAAGGAUUUUCCUUACAGAUGUCGUCUCCUACAACAUCAGCGUGUUCACACAGAAAAGAAGCUGCAUCACUGCUCACAGUGUGGAAAGAGUUUUGCUCAGCAGAGAUCGCUCCAAAACCACAGAUGCAUUCUGACAGAAGAGAAGCCGCAUCGGUGCUCACAGUGUGGAAAGGUUUUCAUUUACAAAUCUACUCUCCAGCGGCAUGAGCGCAUUCACACAGGAGAGAAGCCAUACCAGUGCUCGCAGUGUGGAAAGUGUUUUGCUCAGCUGAGUUCUCUCCAACAACACCAGUGUGUUAAUACUGAUAAUAAGCCGUUUCAGUGCUCACAUUGUGGAAAGUGUUUCCCUUACAGAUGUCUUCUUAAGCGCCACCUGCCGGUUCACACAGAAGAGAAGCCGUAUCAGUGCUCACAGUGUGGAAAAGGUUUCGGUUUCAAAUAUCUUCUGCAGUGCCAUGAGCAUGUUCACACAGGAGAGAAGCUGUAUCACUGCUCGCUUUGUGGCAAGAGUUUUUCUCAAAAGGCAAAUCUCAAAGCCCAUCAGCGCAUUCACACUGGAGAAAAGCCUUACACAUGCUCACAAUGUGGAAAGUGUUUCAACGGACAAAGUACUCUCAAGGCACAUCAGCGCAUUCACACUGGAGAAAAACCUUAUCACUGCUCAGAGUGUGGGAAGAGUUUCAGACGAAAGGGUGCUCUUCAACAUCACAAGCGCGUUCACACCGGAGAGAGGCCUUACAUCUGCUCACAGUGUGGAAAGAGUUUUAUUUGCCAAACUUCUCUCAAAGUACACCAGCGCAUUCACACAGGAGUGAAACCGUAUUACUGCUCAGAGUGUGGGAAGAGUUUUAUUCAAUCAUGUCAGCUUAGAAGACACCAGAUCAUCCACACAAAGAACAGCAAAAAUUAAUGGAGCUUACACUCUCUUUAUAGUACCUGUAUUAGUGCUGACAGUGUGGACACUGAAUUAUAUAUUAAACAGAAAAGUACUAUAAAUAGUAGGCCUUUAACAAAAUAUUGUAUUAAACAAUUUAGAAUUUUUGCAUAUUCUUUCACCUAUACCCUCCCCUUUCGAAGAAUCAAGUAAGACUAAUAGUAACAUAAUAAAAUACUAACAUAAUAAUAAAUUAAUAAGGUAUUAAGAUCAUUUUAGUACUUGGCUGCACAUCUCUGAAGUCUGGAACCCAUGGACAUUACCACAUGCUGCAGUUGUGUAUACAUGGCAUUUAUGCAUUUGGCAGAUGCUCUCAUCUAGAGUAACUUCCAUUUUUAUCUCAUUACAUGUCUGAGCAGUUGAGGGUUUGAACCUGGGACCUUCCAGACCGUAGUCCAAAGCUACCUCUGCCGCUCAGGUUUGUAGGACUUCCUGCCUUGAGUUUGGUCUUAAAUAAGUGAAAAACAGCUCAAUUGAGUUGAGGUCAGGUGACUGACUUGUUCAUUCUAGAGCAUCCCAGUUUUUUUGGAUCUGGUUUCUUUUAGGCUACAUUUUGGUUUGUUAUCCAUCUGAAGCGCUCUCACUCUUAUAAGGUUUUUUUUUAACGCCAUUUGGCUGAAUCUGAGCAGAAAGUAGAUCCAGUCUAUACACUCAAGAAUUCAUCCUGUUGCUUCUAUUAGCAGUUACAUCACCAGUAAUUUCCAUGAGAAUUAUCCUCUGCAGCCAUACAUGCCAAUGCCAUUCAACCUGUUUGAUGAUGAACGUCCAUUAUUCUAGUACAAGUUUGCAUUCUAUCAGAACUGGACAGGUUUUUUGUUUGUUUGUUUAGGUGAGAUUUUUAAUGGUGGUACGGUGGCUUAGUGGAUAGCGCUGUUGCCUGGCACCUACAGGGUCUAGGUUCAAUUCCCGCCUUUGUGUGCAGAGGGUUUUCUCUUUCCAUGCUUUGUCAGCUUCCUCCCACAGUCCAAAGACAUGCAGAUUAGACUAAUUGACAUUCCCAAAUUGCCGGUUGUGUGUGUGUGUGUGCCCUGUGAGGGAUUCUCACCCCAUCCAGAGUGUACCCUCCUCCAGGUCCCCCGCGACCCUGAAUACAGGAUUAAGUGGUACAGACGGUGAGUGAGUGAGGCUCCCAAUAAAUUUUUUUGCAAUGAACAUAUACGGUAACUAAAAUUUUUGUUUGUUUUUUAAAUUGAAAUGAGUUGUUGUGUUUUCUGAUC